AGUGUUUGUGUUGGAAAAUCAAACUGCGCCACGGGGUAGGGCGGCCCCCCCAGUCCCUGUCUGGGAGAGGGGGGGCCCGCUCGACCCCCAGGAGGCCUUGCGGACCCUGAAUAUCUGGGACCCCCAGAACCAGGUUCCCCCAGGCACCAUGCCAGCCCCAUAGCACUCUACCCACACCACGACUUCUGCUGCACCCCAUUGCUGGGGUGAUUGUUCCAAUGAGACUGAACACUUCAAACUCCAUCUGGAGGGAAUCCUCAUGCUUAUGGAAAGUGCUUGGGACUUGAUGUGGGAACAUGUUGGGGAUCACUGCCUUACAGCGAGCUCGUGCUUGUCAUGGCCGUCUUCGAAUCUCACCUCUCUGGUCUUCUUCGGCCCAUCCUCACCACGAUACACUGCGGAUGUGCUUUGCACACCUAACUCUUAACUCUUGUGCGUUCUCAGGCCUUCUCCGGCCAGCUCUCUUCCCGAGGCCCUUCUUCACCUCCCUUUCCUCCCGAGUAGAAGGGAAUUCUCCCUAAGCUGGGAACAUGAGUCCUCUGGUUCUUCGUUGCUUUCCCCAUCACUCAUUGAGUUUCUUGAGUAGGAUUACUUUUUCCUCUCUGUCCUGUUUAGUAUGAUGGUUUGCACAUUGUGGAUUUGUGUUGAAUGAAUGUUUUCACUGAAUGUACUGCUUCACUGCCAAGAAACCUACGGCAGAGAUCUGCUGUGGAGCCUCCUACCCACACCUUCUCUAGAGCCUGUGAGACAUUUGGGAUAGUAACACAGUGGAAGGCUGAUCUGGGCAGUAGCCUGCAAGGAUAAAAUUGAGGGAGAACAGGUCAGGGGCCGUCUAGAAAACACAGCUCUGGAAAGGAGCCCAGCCUGUCCACUCACUUGCAGAAGGAACUUGCUUGAGUUAGUUAACCUGCCUUUCCAAGUCUGUUUCCUCAUUUACAAUGUGGGGCAAUCACAUAGCUCCUAUGCCAGGUUUUGGGGGAAGAGUUAAAAGAUGCACGUAAAGGUUAAGGCAGUGCCUACCAUUUAAUAAAUGCUAGCAGUUCCCAUUAGGGUUGCUGCGGGGCAGCUGUGGGGACUAAAUGAGGAUGCUGAGGAAUGGGACUGAACUUGACUGAAGGUAGACAGAGCCCCAAAUAAUUGACUCAACGGAAGGACCACGGACCCAGUAGGAAGUCAGGAUUCAGGGGAGUGGAGAGAGCCCCCCAAGCCUGCCUCCGAUAUUUCCCUGGCUCUCUUCGAGAACGUGGAGACAAACACAGAGGGGCAUGUGCACAGACACACGUGAUCACCACAGUGAUGCAGAGGCAGACCCAGACAAAAGACUGAGACAGGAGCCAACCAGACACACAGACAGAGACAGCCUCGAGGAGUCAUGUAGACAGGGAUAAUGACAGGAACGCGCCAGACACAGGCACUGAGGGAGACAAGAUAAGAAGAUAUGCAGGUGCACACAGACACCGAGCCCCACACACAGCCGACCCUGUUCCACUGACUGGCGAACACAGCGCCCAGUCAGAGGCAGACACAACGCCCGCAGUGACACAUAGCGGGCCAGCGCGCCGCCCGCCGGGGCCGCCACUGUCACUUCUCGAUGGGGGCGGGGAGGGGCCGGCGGCGGGGGAAGGCUGGGGAAGGGAAUCCCGGGCGGGCGGCCUGCCCGGGUGGCUGAGUCACCGCGGAGCCCCAGCCCGCGGCCCUCCCUCUCCCUCCGGCUCUCCCAGGUGAGAAGCGAGCCGGUAACUUCCUAGCUUCCGCCAUGCCGAAAGAAGACAGCAAAGGAAUGGGGCCCGCGGGGGUCGGUCCCGGAUCGGCCCCACCUUCGAGCCGGUGCGUGCCGGCCCGGUGCAUGCUCGGGAGAAGCCGGUCUGCGGGGGGUCUGGGGUCCUGGGCCGGCCGUCCAGGGUCUGCUUGCGGAUCGCAGGCCUCGUGCCCAGCGUCCCUCUUAGAUCCCGCGUUCCGGGGGCCGCGCGGCGGAGCGGGGCGCUUCUGCCCCCCAAGCCCGGAGAGAGUUAAGUGGGUGUGAUUGAUGGAGUGGUUCUCUCCUGGGACUUACGGGGGAGGGGGGUCGGUUAAAGUCCUAAGAGUCCAGAUCCCGGAUGCAGGAGGCGGAGCUUGGCUUUGCCGGGAGUGCCCGGAUGGAGAGGGCGUGGCUUAGACCCAAGUGGAAUUAACCCUUUCUGGGCGGCCGGCUUUUUAGGGCUGUAGGUCGGGUUGGGGGGGGGGCCGGCGGCGGGAGGCUGGAUUGUCAGCCUCAGAAGUGUGUCCGUCUCCCAGCCCGGUCGUGGACGUGUGCGUCUGCCUUCCGUCUGUCUUCGAGGAGUCUGGGGGUGUCUGUCUUUGUGCUUGUCCCCGGUUGCCCCCUCCCCUUGGCUGUUACUGAGGCGGAGACAAGGGUGAUGAUUGGCUUUCUGGGGAGAGAGCAGUCUUGUGAUUGGCUAAAUCUCUGAAGCUUUUGAAGCUGUGAGAGGACGCUCCCACGGAGGCUGGAAUUGGUCGUGGAAGGCCAGUGACUGCCAUCUGGAAAUAGUGAGCACUCUUGUUGAGAGCAGUCGGAGCUGGACCAUCGUGCCAGAGAGCUGGGGCAGGGGGGCGUGCCCCAUCUCCAGGGCUCCUGGGGCCACUGCUGACCUGGCUGGAUGCAUCGGGCAGUGGACCCUCCAGGGGCCCGCUCUGCACGGGAAGCCUUUGCCCUUGGGGGCUUGAGCUGUGCUGGGGCCUGGAGCCCCUGCCCACCCCAUCCUCCUCCUCGAAGCUCAUGGCUGCCUGGAGGCAGAUGCUCUGCCAGCAUUGGGCAGCCCCCUCUCCCUGCUCCUCUACCACCUUCCCAUGGCAGUAGCUCCGGGCACCCAAACAAACCCUAUUAUGCUCCUGGGACACCCGCCCCAAGACCCCUCCACGGGAAGCUGGAAUCUCUGCAUGGCUGUGUCCAGGCAUUGCUGCGGGAGCCAGCCCAGCCAGGGUUAUGGGAACAGCUUGGACAGUUGUAUGAGUCAGAGCAUGACAGCGAGGAGGCCAUAUGCUGCUACCACAGGGCCCUUCGAUAUGGAGGGAGCUUCACUGAGCUGGGGCCCCGAAUUGGCCGACUGCAGCAGGCCCAGCUCUGGAACUUUCAUGCUGGCUCCUGUCAGCACAGAGCCAAGGUCCUGCCCCCCCUGGAGCAAGUAUGGAAUUUGCUGCACCUUGAGCACAAACGGAACUAUGGGGCUAAGCGAGGGGGUCCUCCAGUGAAGCGAUCUGCGGAACCCCCGGUGGUACAGCCUAUGCCUCCCGCAGCACUCUCGGGCCCCUCAGGAGAGGAGGGCCUGAGCCCCGGAGGCAAGCGCAGGAGAGGCUGCAGCUCUGAACAGGCUGGCCUUCCCCCAGGUCUGCCGCUCCCUCCACCACCAUUACCACCACCCCCACCCCCACCACCUCCACCCCCACCCCCACCACCACUGCCCAGCCUGGCUAUUAGUCCUCCAUUUCAGCUGACUAAGCCAGGGCUGUGGAAUACCCUGCAUGGAGAUGCUUGGGGGCCCGAGCGCAAGGGUUCAGCACCCCCAGAGCGCCAGGAGCAGCGGCACUCGCUGCCUCACUCCUAUCCAUACCCAGCUCCUGCCUACACUGCUCACCCGCCCAGCCACCGGCUGGUCCCAGCCACACCCCUUGGUCCAGGUCCCCGACCCCCAGGAGCAGAGAGCCAUGGCUGCCUGCCUGCCACCCGUCCCCCCGGAAGUGACCUUAGAGAGAGCAGAGUUCAGAGGUCGCGGAUGGACUCCAGCGUUUCACCAGCAGCAUCUACCGCCUGCGUGCCUUACGCCCCUUCCCGGCCCCCUGGCCUCCCCGGCACCAGCAGCAGCAGCAGCAGCAGCAGUAGCAGUAACAACACUGGUCUUCGGGGUGUGGAGCCGAGCCCAGGCAUUCCUGGCGCUGACCAUUACCAAACUCCUGCGCUGGAGAUCUCCCCUCACCAGGCCCGCCUGGGGCCCUCGGCACACAGCAGUCGGAAACCAUUUUUGACAGCCCCUGCUGCCCCUCCCCACUUAUCCCUACCACCUGGGACCCCACCAUCCCCUCCACCCCCGUGUCCUCGCCUCUUACGCCCUCCACCACCCCCUGCUUGGAUGAAGGGCUCAGCCUGCCGCUCAAGCUCAGCCCGAGAGGAUGGAGAGAUCUUAGGAGAGCUCUUCUUUGGUGCUGAGGGACCUCCCCGUCCUCCCCCGCCCCUUCCCCACCGUGAUGGCUUCUUGGGGCCUCCAACCCCCCGCUUUUCUGUGGGCACUCAGGAUUCGCAUACCCCUCCCUCUCCCCCAACCACCACCACCAGCAGCAUCAGCAGCAGCAGCAACAACAGCAGCAGCAGCAGCCACAGCAGUAGUCCUCCUGGGCCUGUGCCCUUCCCUCCACCCCCCUAUCUGGCCAGAAGUAUAGACCCCCUUCCCAGGCCAUCUAGCCCAACACUGAGCUCCCAGGACCCACCUCUUCCACCGCUGACUCUUGCCUUGCCUCCAGCCCCUCCCUCCUCCUGCCACCAAAAUACCUCAGGAAGCUUCAGGCGCUCGGAGAGCCCCCGGCCCAGGGUCUCCUUCCCAAAGACCCCCGAGGUGGGGCAGGGGCCACCCCCAGGCUCUCUGAGUAAAGGCCCCCAGCCUGUGCCACCUGGGGCUGGAGAGCUGCCUGCCCGAGGCCCGAGGCUCUUUGAUUUUCCACCAACUCCGCUGGAGGACCAGUUUGAAGAGCCAGCUGAAUUCAAGAUCCUACCUGACGGGCUAGCUAACAUCAUGAAGAUGCUGGAUGAAUCCAUUCGAAAGGAGGAGGAGCAGCAGCAGCAGGAGGCAGGCGUGGUCCCCCCACCCCCACUCAAAGAACCCUUCGCUUCUCUCCAGCCUCCAUUUCCCAGUGACACAGCCCCAACCACCACUGCUGCUGCCACCGCUGCCUCCACGACCACCACCACCACCACCACCACCACCACCACCAUCCAAGAAGAGGAGAAGAAGCCACCACCAGCCCUGCCGCCGCCACCGCCUCUAGCCAAGUUUCCUCCACCUCCCCAGUCACAGCCCCCACCACCUCCACCAGCCAGCCCAGCCAGCCUGCUCAAAUCAUUGGCCUCUGUUCUUGAGGGACAAAAGUACUGUUACCGGGGGACUGGAGCAGCUGUUUCAACCAGGCCCGGGUCCUUGCCCACCACUCAGUAUUCCUCUAGUCCUGCAUCAGGUGCUACCGCCCCCCCACCCACUUCAUUGGCCCCCAGCGCCCAGGGCUCCCCCAAGCCCUCUGUUUCCUUGUCAUCUCAGUUCUCUACCUCAGGCGGGCCUUGGGCCCGGGAGCGCAGGGCAGGUGAAGAGCCAGCACCAGGCCCCGUGACCCCUGCCCAGCUGCCCCCACCUCUGCCGCUGCCCCCUGCUCGUUCUGAGUCUGAGGUGCUAGAAGAGAUCAGUCGGGCUUGUGAGACCCUUGUAGAGCGGGUGGGCCGGAGUGCCACCCACCCUGCAGACCCAGUGGACAUAGCCGAUCCAGUGGACAAUGGGACAGAGCCACUGCUGCCUCCUGCACAGGCCAAGGAGGAGAGUGGUGGGGUGGCAGUGGCAGCGGCAGCUCCAGGUAGUGGCAAGCGUCGGCAGAAGGAGCAUCGGAGGCACAGACGGGCCUGUAGGGACAGUGUGGGUCGUCGGCCCCGGGAGGGGAGGGCGAAGGCCAAGGCCAAGGCUCCCAAAGAAAAGAGUCGAAGGGUGCUGGGGAACCUGGACUUGCAGAGUGAAGAAAUCCAGGGCCGGGAAAAGGCCCGGCCUGAUCUAGGUGGGGCUUCCAAAGUCAAGACACCCACAGCUCCAACGCCCCCACCUGCUCCUGCACCCUCUGCUCAGCCAACACCCCCAUCAGCUCCCGUCCCUGGGAAGAAGACCCGAGAGGAAGCUCCAGGGCCCCCGGGUGUGAGCCGUGCAGAUAUGCUGAAGCUCCGGUCACUUAGUGAGGGCCCUCCCAAGGAGCUGAAGAUCAGGCUCAUCAAGGUAGAGAGCGGCGACAAGGAGACCUUCAUUGCAUCUGAGGUGGAAGAGCGGCGGCUUCGCAUGGCGGACCUCACCAUCAGCCACUGUGCUGCAGACGUCAUGCGUGCCAGCAAGAAUGCCAAGGUGAAAGGGAAAUUUCGAGAGUCCUACCUUUCCCCUGCCCAGUCUGUGAAGCCGAAGAUCAACACUGAGGAGAAGCUGCCCCGGGAAAAACUCAACCCCCCUACACCCAGCAUCUAUUUGGAGAGCAAACGGGACGCCUUCUCACCAGUGCUGCUACAGUUCUGUACAGACCCCCGGAACCCCAUCACCGUGAUCAGGGGCCUGGCCGGCUCACUUCGGCUCAACUUAGGCCUCUUCUCCACCAAGACACUGGUGGAGGCCAGCGGCGAGCAUACCGUGGAGGUGCGCACCCAGGUGCAGCAGCCCUCAGAUGAGAACUGGGACCUGACAGGCACAAGGCAGAUCUGGCCCUGCGAGAGCUCCCGUUCACACACCACCAUCGCCAAGUACGCACAGUACCAGGCUUCGUCCUUUCAGGAGUCCCUGCAGGAGGAGAAGGAGAGUGAGGACGAGGAGUCCGAGGAACCCGACAGCACUACAGGAACCCCUCCCAGCAGCAGCGCGCCCGACCCCAAGAACCACCACAUAAUCAAGUUUGGCACUAACAUCGACCUGUCUGAUGCCAAGAGGUGGAAGCCCCAGCUCCAGGAGCUGCUCAAGCUGCCCGCCUUCAUGCGGGUAACGUCCACAGGCAACAUGCUCAGCCACGUGGGCCACACCAUCCUGGGCAUGAACACUGUGCAGCUGUACAUGAAAGUCCCUGGCAGCCGAACGCCAGGCCACCAAGAGAAUAACAAUUUCUGCUCUGUCAAUAUCAACAUUGGCCCCGGGGACUGUGAGUGGUUUGCGGUGCACGAGCACUAUUGGGAGACCAUCAGCGCCUUCUGCGAUCGGCACGGUGUGGACUACUUGACUGGUUCCUGGUGGCCAAUCUUGGAUGACCUCUAUGCGUCCAAUAUCCCUGUUUACCGCUUCGUGCAGCGCCCUGGGGACCUUGUGUGGAUCAAUGCAGGGACUGUGCAUUGGGUGCAGGCUACUGGCUGGUGCAACAACAUUGCCUGGAACGUGGGGCCCCUCACCGCCUAUCAGUACCAGCUGGCCCUGGAGCGGUAUGAGUGGAAUGAGGUGAAGAACGUCAAGUCCAUUGUGCCCAUGAUUCACGUGUCCUGGAACGUGGCUCGGACGGUCAAAAUCAACGACCCCGACUUGUUCAAGAUGAUCAAGUUCUGCCUCCUGCAGUCGAUGAAGCACUGCCAGGUGCAGCGGGAGAGCCUGGUGCGGGCAGGGAAGAAGAUCGCUUACCAAGGCCGCGUCAAGGAUGAGCCUGCCUACUACUGCAACGAAUGCGAUGUGGAGGUGUUCAACAUCCUGUUCGUGACCAGUGAGAACGGCAGCCGAAACACGUAUCUGGUGCACUGCGAGGGCUGUGCGCGCCGUCGGAGCGCGGGCCUGCAGGGCGUGGUGGUGCUAGAGCAGUACCGGACGGAGGAGCUGGCGCAGGCCUACGAUGCCUUCACGCUGGCUCCCGCCAGCACGUCGCGAUGAGGCCGGACGCCCCGCUCGCCCGCCCACGCAGGGCGCGGCGGGGCCACCAGCACACGCCUGGGCUGGACCUAGGUCCCGCCUCUGGCCGGGAAGGGGGUCGGGCCCAGCCCUUCCACCCUGAUUGGCAGCUCCCCUCACUUAAUUUAUUAAGAAAAAACAAUUUUUUUAACAAAUACGAGGAAAAAAAAGGAAAAAAAAUGGGAGACGGGGAGGGGGCCGGCAGCCCCUCGCCCAGCAGCGCCUCCCCUCACCGACUUUGGCCUUUCUAGCAACAGACACAAGGACCAGGCUCCGGCGGCGGCGGGGGUCACAUACGGGUUCCCUCAAGCCUGCCCGCCGCCCGCCGCCCGCCGCCCGCCGGCGCAGACGCUCGCGGCUCGUUGUGUACAUAGACGUUCGGCAGCCGAGGUUUUUAAUGAGAUUCUUUCUAUGGGCUUUACCCCUCCCCCAGGACCUCCUUUUUUUACUUCCAAUGCUAGCUGUGAUCCCUGUAUAUGUCUCUGUUUAUUCACUUGGUUAUGAUUUGUAUUUUUGUUCCUUUUUUUGUUUUUGGUUUUUAAUUUAUAACAGUCCCACUCACCUCUAUUUAUUCAUUUUUUUCUUUUUUCUUUUUUUCUUUUUAUUUUUGGGAAAACCCGACCUCCUGCACCCCCAAGCCAUCCCUCCUGCCUCUUUGGAGGCCCGCUCCUGGGCUCUCCUUACGCCCCAGUAUAUGUCCGGGCUUGGCCCGUCCGUCUCCGCCCGCCCGCGGCUCCAGCCGGGCUCUCAUGGUGCUCAAACCCGCUCCCCUCCCCUACGUCCUGCACUUUCUUGGACCAGUAUCCCCACUCCCGACCCGACCCCAACCCCACCUGAGGGUGAGCGACUCCUGUACUGUAGGGGAAGAAGUGGGAACUUAAAUGGUAUUUUGUAAAAAAAAAAUAAAAUAAAUAAAUAAAAUAAAAAAAUAAAAGUUUUAAAGAAAGAACUAUGAGGAAAAGGAACCCUGUCCUCCCCAGCCUCGGCCAAUUUAAAAAACAUUGGACACCUCCACCACCACCAUCCCCCCCCCUUUUUUUUUUAAAGGCGUGAAACAGCCCAGGGCAGGGCCUCACUGGGGCAGGGACACCCUGGGGUGAGUUUCUCUGGGGCUUUAUUUUCAUUUUCUUAGUUCGUUUUCUCCCGCUGGGGCUGCGGAGGGGUGGGGGGUUUACAGUCCCGCCCCCUCGCACUGCACUGUCUCUCUGCCCCAGGGGCAGAGGGGUCUUCCCAACCCUACCCUAUUUUCGGUGAUUUUUGUGUGAGAAUAUUAAUAUUAAAAAUAAAAGCAGGAAAAAAAAAGGA